AUGACUGGCUCUUCCUUCGUCUCGGCCCUCACGGCCGGCCUCGCCCUGGCCUCCACCGCCGCCGCCCUCCCCGCCGGUGCCCAGCAGGAGAGAGGCUUCACCGUCGAGCAGGUCCGCAACCCCCGCUACGUCCGCUCCGGUCCCCUCGCCCUUGCCAAGGCCUACCGCAAGUACAAGGCCCCUCUGCCCGAGGACCUUGCCAGCGUCGUCGCCAACAUCACCGCCGCCGGCCUCGUCCAGCGCGCCACCGGCAGCGUCGCCGCCAACCCCCAGGAGUACGAUGUCGAGUACCUGAGCCCCGUCCAGAUCGGCACCCCGGCCCAGACCCUCAACCUCGACUUCGACACCGGCUCCUCCGACCUCUGGGUCUUCUCCACCUCGACCCCGUCCAGCCAGCGCAACGGCCAGACCGUCUACGACCCGAGCAAGUCCAGCACCGCUUCCCGCCUCUCCGGCGCCACCUGGUCCAUUUCCUACGGCGACGGUUCCAGCUCCAGCGGUAUUGUCUACAAGGACACCGUCACCGUCGGCGGUCUGACCGUCACCGGCCAGGCCGUCGAGGCCGCCUCAACCGUCUCCGACUCCUUCACCUCCGAGAGCGACCUGGACGGUCUCCUGGGUCUCGGCUUCAGCAACAUCAACACUGUUGAGCCCACCCAGCAGAACACCUUCUUCGACACCGCCAAGUCCAAGCUGACCUCGCCCCUUUUCACUGCUGACCUGAAGCACAACAAGGCCGGCAAGUACAACUUCGGCUACAUUGACACCGCCGCCUACACCGGCUCCAUCACCUACACCUCGGUCAACAGCGCGAACGGCUGGUGGCAGUUCACCUCCUCCGGCUACCAGGUCGGCUCCAGCAGCUUCGUCACCAGCUCCGUCACCGGCAUCGCUGACACCGGCACCACCCUCCUCCUGCUCCCCCAGUCCAUCGUCACCGCCUACUACAAGCAGAUCAGCGGCGCCAAGUACGACUCAUCCCAGGGAGGCUACACCUUCCCAUGCUCGGCCACCGUCCCGUCCUUCACCUUCGGUGUCGGCAGCGCCCGCAUCACCAUCCCCAGCACCUACAUGAACUACGCGCCCGUCAGCACCAGCACUUGCUUCGGUGGCCUGCAGAGCAACACCGGCAUCGGCAUCUCCAUCUACGGUGACGUCGCCCUCAAGGCCGCUUUCGUUGUCUUCAACGGCGGCACCAAGCAGCUCGGCUGGGCUGCCAAGACCCUCUCCUAA